CCCCAGAAGACGUUAGAGCAGAAAGUAACAACGGAAAAACGACCGGGAUAGACGAACUCAUUGGCGACGAGGGACAAUUUUUAAGAAGCCGCCACAUUCAGGAAUCGUUUUAUUUUUAAACGAACACACGGUUUCGGAUUUAUAUUUAUAUAUUUUCACGUCACUUUAUGUAUUUAGAGUUGUCCCGUCUUGUCCGUCGUCCUACUAUGGUCAUAAUGGAGGUUCCGAACAUCGACUGUGUCUCUCUCCGGACGCUUUUGGAGGGAACGGAGACCGGGUGUCUUGUUUUGGACUGCCGGUCGUUCUUCUCGUUUAGCUCGUCUCACAUCUGCGGCUCGACUAACGUGCGCUUCAGCGCCAUAGUGCGGCGGCGGGCGCGAGGCGGGCUCGGGCUCGAGCACAUUGUUCCCAACGAGGACACACGGAGCAAGCUGCUCUCCGGGGAGUAUCGCACCGUGGUGCUGCUCGAUGACCGGAGCUUAGACUUCAACCAAGUGAAGAAAGACGGAACUCUGAUGUUGGCUGUGACCGCUUUGAGUCGUAACAACCCUGGCGGAGCGAACAUCUUCUUUCUGAAAGGUGGCUUCGACAACUUUUCAUCGGAGUUCCCUGAAAUGUGUACCAAAGCGCCCCCUCCACAGGGCCUGAGUUUGCCCCUGAGUGCCAACUGCCCUCCUGGCAGUGCUGAAACGGGCUGUAACACAUGCACAACUCCUCUCUAUGAUCAGGGUGGCCCAGUGGAAAUCCUCCCCUUUCUGUAUCUUGGAAGUGCCUACCAUGCCUCCCGCAAAGACAUGCUGGACAUGUUGGGCAUCACAGCACUCAUAAAUGUUUCUGCCAACUGCCCCAAUCAUUUCGAGGACCAUUAUCAGUAUAAGAGCAUUCCAGUUGAAGACAACCACAAAGCGGACAUUAGCUCCUGGUUUAACGAGGCGAUCGAAUUUAUCGACUCUGUGAGAAACAACGGUGGCCGUGUCUUCGUGCACUGCCAGGCGGGCAUCUCGCGCUCAGCUACCAUAUGUCUGGCCUACCUCAUGCGUACCAACCGUGUCAAGUUGGACGAAGCUUUCGAGUUCGUCAAGCAGCGCCGCAGCAUCAUCUCGCCCAACUUCAGCUUCAUGGGCCAGCUGCUGCAGUUUGAGUCGCAGGUGCUCGCCACAUCCACCUGCUCAUCGGAGGCCAGCAGCCCAGCACUCAGCAAGAAUGGCACUGUUUUCAACUUUCCGGUCUCCAUUCCUGUCCAUGCUGGUGCCAGUCCACUGUCUUUCCUGUCCCAUCAUAGUCCUAUCACUCCUUCACCAACUUGCUGACAGGACUCCUUUGUUAUUUUAGGACUUAAUGAUUACAUUUCAAAUGUCUAGUAAUAGGAAGUCAAGAUGACUGAAAUUUCUGAAAGAUGUUUAUCCAAACGUUAGAUUCCAAACCACAGGCUGGCCCCAGGUCUUGUUGGUUCACAUGAUGACUGUAGUAAUUUUGAUUGCUGGACAAUUAAAAUUGUGCUGGUCAUUCAAUAGUGUUUCAAUGUAAUCCUGGGUAAGAGUAUGUGGCUGGUCCAGCCUUGUUCCUCCAGACUUCCUUUGUUUUGAAAACACCCCUGUUGACUGAACUAAAGAGGGUAGGCAUUCAUCAGAGUGUGAAUGUGUGAUGUUUGUUGCAGCUAAUGUGAGGUUCCUGAAUGUCUGUAUUUUGCAGGCACUGCAAUUUAAGCCUUGCAACUGAUAAUCAUUGGCCUUCUGUUUUGUGCACUGGCACAUGAUAAAAACGCCCGGUAUUAUAGUUUUCUCAGGUAGAGUCCUCUUUAUUUGUGUUUAUCAUAAACACCUAGUCUGAUUUGACUGCAAGUUGCUAGACUCUAUGGUGCUAACCUGACUAAAUGUCCCCUCUGUGGUUUGUUUGUUUUCCUUGUUUUCUGAACAAUGAAUGUAAUUAUAAUCUCAAUGUCUGGAUAGACUCAUUUUGCCUUAAGACAAUGAAAGAGAAACACAUGGCUCACUUAAGGGCCUUUGCUUUUCAGACCUUCAUCCAGCCUAUCAGCAUGUUUGUUUACUUGUAAACAAACACGAAAUACCUCAUGUGUGUGUAAUGUUGGCAGUCCUGUAAGAGUCACAACCAGUUAUAAUGGGAGUGGCUUUCACAAGACUGAUCAUUUUAAUAUGUGAUAUUUAUUUGCUAAAUUAAUAUAUUUCAUAUGGUAUAUUUUUUACGUAGUUUGUGAUAUGUUUUUGAUACUGACAAAUAAAAUGUUUUGUAUACAUGCAAA